GCCUUGGGAAGAGAGAGGAGCAAGCAGAGCUAGCUGACACAGGAAUCAGUGAGCAUCAGGCACUGGAGAUGAGCAGCCUGGAGAGGGCGUGGCAAUGGCAAAUUCUGCACGGUAGAGUUCAUGGCAAGUAUUUGUCUAAUAUAAGCCAAGCAAGACACAUACAAGCUUCAGACUGAAGACUGGAACGGCUGGACAGAGGUGCAUAGCUGCAGCACAAAGAAAAUGAAUGGCACACUGGAUCACCCAGACCAACCUGAUCUAGAUGCUAUCAAAAUGUUUGUGGGUCAAGUCCCACGGAGCUGGUGUGAGAAGGAUCUAAGAGAACUUUUUGAACAGUAUGGUGCUGUCUAUGAAAUCAAUGUCUUGCGGGACAGGAGCCAAAACCCUCCUCAAAGCAAAGGGUGCUGUUUUGUUACAUUUUAUACCCGUAAAGCUGCACUAGAAGCACAGAAUGCUCUUCACAACAUGAAGAUCCUCCCAGGGAUGCACCAUCCUAUCCAGAUGAAACCAGCUGACAGUGAAAAGAGUAAUGCAGUAGAAGAUAGGAAGUUGUUUAUUGGAAUGAUAUCCAAGAAGUGCAAUGAAAAUGAUAUUCGAGUGAUGUUCUCCCCCUUUGGGCAGAUUGAAGAAUGCAGGAUAUUACGGGGCCCUGAUGGCCUGAGCCGAGGUUGUGCAUUUGUGACUUUUACAACAAGAGCCAUGGCACAAACAGCAAUCAAAGCAAUGCACCAAGCACAAACCAUGGAGGGUUGCUCUUCUCCCAUUGUUGUAAAAUUUGCAGACACGCAGAAGGACAAAGAGCAGAAACGAAUUGCUCAGCAACUUCAGCAACAAAUGCAACAGAUCAGUGCUGCCUCAAUAUGGGGAAACCUGGCUGGUCUCAACACACUUGGACCCCAGUACUUAGCACUUUAUUUGCAGCUCCUUCAGCAGACAGCAGCUGCUUCAUCUGGGAACCUGAACACACUGAGCAGCCUCCACCCAAUGGGAGGACUGAACGCAAUGCAGUUACAGAACCUGGCCGCCCUGGCAGCCGCGGCCAGCGCAGCCCAGAAUACACCGAGUGGCACCGCUGCGCUCACCUCCUCCAGCAGCCCCCUGAGUGUGCUCACCAGCUCAGCAGGUUCCUCACCUAGUUCCAGUAGCAGCUCCUCUGUUAAUCCAAUGGCUUCUCUUGGAGCUUUGCAGACGCUGGCAGGUGCUACAGCAGGCCUCAACGUUAGCUCUUUAGCAGGAAUGGCAGCCUUAAAUGGAGGACUUGGCAGUGGUGGUCUCUCAAAUGGGACAGGUAGCACAAUGGAAGCCCUUACACAGGCUUAUUCUGGAAUCCAGCAAUAUGCUGCUGCUGCACUGCCCACACUCUAUAACCAGAGUCUCUUAACACAGCAGAGUAUUGGUGCAGCAGGAAGUCAAAAAGAAGGUCCAGAGGGAGCCAAUCUGUUUAUUUACCAUCUUCCCCAGGAGUUUGGGGAUCAGGAUCUGCUGCAGAUGUUCAUGCCAUUUGGAAAUGUCGUCUCUGCCAAGGUUUUCAUUGACAAGCAGACCAAUCUAAGCAAGUGUUUUGGUUUUGUAAGUUACGACAAUCCUGUCUCUGCGCAGGCUGCCAUUCAGUCAAUGAAUGGCUUCCAGAUCGGCAUGAAGCGGCUGAAAGUGCAGCUCAAGCGCUCCAAGAACGACAGCAAGCCAUACUGAGCACCCCUCCCCUCCGGGACUGGAGUGAGAAGGAUCUUCUGACAUAAUGAUGUGCAUGAUUGAAACUACUGAUUUUCAGUGGCCUGUUUGCAGCCCAACAACUGCUAAACAAGGAAGAUGAAUGCUGUGAACCAGUGGAGGAAAGCACUGUGCUCUGGGGUCUCUACAGUCACUCUUACCUUCUUUGCAUCCUACCCCACUGUACUAUCCAAGACCUUCGUCCUGUUUUUCUUUUAACCUGAUGCUCUGGCCUCUUUACUAGUCAUUUCAGUUGCCCAAAAUUAGAUAUUUUAGCUUCUUCAUCCUGUACUGUGUCCUCAAUACUGUAACUUACAGAUCAAGCUUUGCAUUGUUGCAAAUAGUUGUGACUCCUAUUAAUUUUAGGAGAUUCACCAGUUUACACUGUAGCUUAGUUUGAUCAGUGACUCCUCCCAGACAUAAUCACCUGAAGACACCUAACUUGGGCUAGCUCUUGUGCCUUACUGGCGUAACUAUAAGUAUUGCCAAAAAGAAAAAGAAAAUAAAUCUAUGCAGGUUAAAUUUUAAAAAAUGUGAUCCUCAGAUGGUUUGAAUCAAUGCAGUUCAGCUCUCUGAACGCAGUAGAGCUGCAUGAGUUUUCACCAGCUGAAGAUGUUGCCCUUUUUUUGUAUUUGUUUCAGAUUUCCCUUUCUUGGUGUAUCAAUGUGUAUGUUGCCAAAGUUAAUAAAUGUAUCAAGUUUGUGACUUGGGCAGAUUUUUUUUUCUAAUAACAAAACUGAUCAGAUAAAGUCAACAUUUCUGUGUCUGUUUGGUGGCUGCUGCUGAUUGUGGGGAUUUAGGCUGCUCUUGCCUUUCAGUCUUAAGCCAGUUUUCUUCCUCACUCAUUAGCAGGAAAGUUUGGGAUUCUGGGGACUUGGGGCUUUUAAAUUUUCAGUUCAUAUCAUGCUCCCAUUCAAGUGCAAAUCAAAUCAGCGUCAAAUGCCCUAUUUCCUGGAUAGUAAGAUAAGAGUUGGGGGAGUUCAAAUAAACUGCAGAAGGUUGGCUGAAGCAGCCACAUAGACAAAGUAUGCUAUAUGCUUAAAACCAAAGAACCUGAUUUUCUACAAGAAAAGCUAAAAGAACUUCCGAUGAAAUAGAAUUCCUUAUUACAUGUGCCACCAGGAAAUACUUAAAAUAUUUUUAGUUUACAAAGUGGAAAUGGUCUACUUCAUAGAUUUAUUCUUUUUCUCAGGAGAUAUUUGAUUUUACUGCUGUAACAAGGUGAAAGAAUUACGAACUUAGUCUGAUACUGCUUAGUGCCAGUACUAAAGUAAAUUAAAUCAUCGUUUCUUCAGUUCCCUAGAUAAACAACAAUCCAAAAUAGGAUAGCUCUUUGUAGUUUAGCUUUUUUAUAAUACAAAGCUGGCAUUAGUAAAAAAUUCCAGCUCAGAAGAAUCUUACUGGCAAAUACAUCAGGAAAAAGCUUUUCACCUGAAUACUGACAGUCACAUAUUACGAUAAUUCUGUCAUGCAUGCUGAAUCCAACUGAACUGGUAAUGGCUGUGGGUUAGGGAAGAACAACAAAGCAGAAUGAAGUUGUUCCUAUUUUAUUUGGAAAUACCUAAAAACAACUUGGAUGAAGGAAAUUGCAAAUGAAGGGUGCAACUAUGAACAGGUAAAAUGCUUUGAAAGCUUCUUGUUGCAGACAUUUAAACCUAAAGAUAAUUGAUAUCCCUAGCAUACCUGCCACAAAAUAGAAAACACAGAAGGCAGAAUUAUCACUGUUGUGAGAAUAAAACAAAGACAAACUGGAAUAACUUUCUCUAAGUCAUUAAGAACUUGUCCAGCAUCUCAUGGUUCUGUUUUAUAGGCCAGUCUUUCCACAGGGCUUUGAUAAAAUUCAGUCUUUGCCCUCAACAUAGCUGAGAGAAAUAUUUGAAAAAUCCAUAUCAAGAAAAUCCCCAGACAAAUCACUCAGAGGAUAUCAGUGGUGCAUGCUAAGAUGUCACUUGAUUUCAUGCUUCUUGUUGUUUCUCAUGCCUCAGUUCAUGAUGAAUUUGCUUUUCUGGUUUAAGAGUAAAAUCUUGCACCUGUCUGCAAAUUAUCUAGAGUAUUUCCUGAAAUAUAGAAACAAGUGCAAGAGUUGCAUUGUACUCUGUUUGCUGGAGUUGGUUUAAACUCUGUACUAAAGUCCUUUCCCUUUAUUGGAAAGCAUGAAAAGCAAAUUAAUCUCAGCAGUUCUAAUAAGAGGAGUGUUGCUGAUUUAGUAGACAAUGUGUUUCUUGUUGCUUUGGAACAAGAAUGCAACACUUGCUAUUCUCAAAUUAUGUUAGAUAAUAUGCAAAUCUCACCUUGUUCCAGUCUGUAACCAGAAGCUUUGAGAUGUGCUGAAGAUCAAGGCCACAAACAGAAGCUAAAUGGGAGUUGGGGGUGUGGGGAGGCAGAAUAAGAAAACAAACCAUUUCCUCUCUCUUCUGCCUCCCACUCUGAUCCCAAAAUGUUCCUUGUCUCUUGCAGCUCACAAGCUGAGGGGAGGGAAGAGAGAUAUUUAUGUCACUUAAUAUAAGAAUUAUGUUUUUAUAAACUCUUCAAGUAAAUUUCAGGAAACACAUUUUUUCUGCUCAUCAAACUGGCAACAGUGACUGUAGAGCUUCUCAGAGCCCAGAAUCUCCUCCUCAUGAAGCCAGGGAGCUGAGGGCUGUUACAUAAAAGGUUGGGAAUGGAAAAUCCCUGUGCAGGUCUAAUGGUAUGACAAGUGCUCAGCUAGGACAAGUCUUAACUUGCAGUCAAGUCUUAAGGAAUUCUUCUCUGAUGUGUGGGCUUUUUGUCUUGUAUAAUCUUUUUUUAUCCCUUUUCCAAAUCAUCCACCCCCAGUUACAUGGGCUCCUAGGGAAUGAGAAGAGACUGUAGCUAAAGGAAAAAAUAUGGAUUUGCUGGGCUACUACUGCCUAAGAACUUCCCAUGUUAGACUGCAAGAAAAGUCUCAAACGUCAAACCACCUGUGAAUCCCUUGUGUCCUCUGUCUUGUCUCAUGGUCUCAGUCUCUGUGGGCAAAUGUUUGCCCUGGAGUCAUAUUUUUUUGAAUCUGUCUCCUGGGGAGGGAGUUUACUCUGUUCUAAACAGAAGUAGUAGACACACUGGGCAUGGGGCAAGGUGAAUGCAUUCUAACCAGUGUGUCACUAGGCUGUGGAAUGCUCCACAGACUGGGUGCUGAGAGGAAAAUCCAGGCCUCUGCUUCCAUUUGGUUUCUGGCAGUUUGAUGUUUACUUGGUGUCCUUCAUGUACUUUGACUUUUACUUGUCCAUCGUUGGCAUGUGCUGCCCUUCCCUGUCAACUCCCUUCCCCAGGAGAUCUCAUUGUACAGUGCCCAUUCUUGUUCUCUCUCUCCGUGUUUGGAUGUACUGCUCUGUGUAACUCAGUGGGUCUCCCUCUUUCUGGUUUGUUUUUUUUUCUAGAUUCCUGCCGUUUGUUCAUCGUUGUGCCUAAAGCAUGUCGAUGUGGCGUUCAAGUACAUCGUCCAAAUCCUUGUCUCUUCAGCUUCUCUGAUGCUUGAACUCUCACCUUUGACCUUGUGUUGACCUUUGAUGCUGAUGUGUAUUUUUAUUAUGUUUGUUUCUUUUCUUUUUUUUCUUUUUUUUUUUUCUUUUUUUUUUUUUGUGCUGCCAAAUUGGUUUUGCUAGAAAGACUGCUGAAGGGGAAUAUUUAAACUUGCAUUUGAAUAUAAAAGAAUUUCUAUUUUUCUAGACCUUCGUAAGAUAACCACUUGAUUUUGUGAAUCUGAUUCUUUGUAAUUUGUCUUCAGAGCAGCCUUGCUAGCAUACCUUGUGGAGUAUUUGUAUUUCUGUGAACAUACAGCCAAUCACUUCCUAGGCUUAGUUUUUUCUGUGUGCUUAGUUUUAAAAACACAGUUUGAAGAAAAAGUCAGUUAUAUGGUGUGACGCAAUCUUUCAGGAGACUUCCUAGUCACAUUUUGCUGAUCUGGUUUCUGUGCUUGAGGAGACAGCAUGUGUUUUUAUGAGUUCAAACUUGUGACUUGAAGUGGCAUCAACAGAAAACACUUGAACUAGGUUUUCCUCUGAUUGUAGCUACAUUUUUGCCCUGAUAUUUACUGAUUUUUUUAAUUAUUAUUUUUAUUUUUCCCCUGCUUCCCUGUGUGAUUAUCAGUCUGCAGUGAAAAUUUGAUCAAAAUUGAUGUUGUAUUUUGUUAAGCUCUGGCAUGCUUGGUUUUUUUUUUUUUGUAACUACAAUCUCUUCAGCAAAAUGUGAUGUUUUUGUUUUAAUCUUUCAAACUAAGAUAGUGCCCAGAAAUGUUGUGCAUGUUUCCUGCUGUUUUCUUCACACCCUCGUAUAUAUCACCUUCACCUCUCUGUUUUCUAUAGUUUGUGCAAAAACUGAGAAAUUUAAUGGGUUUCAAAGGUAUCCUUUAAAUUGGUGGUUUUGGUAUGACAAAUAUCUGAUCAGAAGCCACCUGAGGCCAUCUACCUGUGCACUUAGACUGUCUGCCUGACAGAGCACCUGGACCUUGCUCCAUCUCCAGUGCUGUCAGAAGCUCUGAGGGGGCUUGGUUACACUGUCCCCCUAGUGGAAGUUUUGGUGGAAGGGGAUAGCUGGGAGCAGGAAGGUGGGGGGGAACUCACAAUAUUUCUGUUUCCAAAGCUGUCUGAAGCUAGGGCUCAUUUCAAAUACUAAGCAUUUUGUACAACUCAGGGCACAUUUCUGUGAAGUCCAGCCCCAAUCUAAUACCAUCAGUCAGAGUUUGGUGACAGGAUUCUGGAAGGAUCUAGGUUAGCUCAUGAAAUAAAGUGUUUUAAAUUUCCCAGAGAAAGUGUUUGUUUGUAACACUGGUCCUACAACUGCUGGCUCUUUUCCCAAAUGACAAGCACAAUACAACAGCCUCUGAAGCUGUUACCUGAACAGGGUACCAUCCCCAGCUAUCUUUUCAAGGGCCUUAGCUGGGGAAUCUCUGCGGAGAUUUUUUUUUAGUUUUUGUUUAGUUUUUAAUUGGGUAAUGAGCUGAGCAGUUUUUAUGGCUUGCAGGAUGAACUAGAAUGGGUUACUGCUCUCUGGGUAGCAGGCUUCCCCUGCCCUACGUCCCAUCUGCACAGGUAGAAACUGGGAAGUAGCUUCUAAAUUAAGGCACCUGAAGAGGGUGUGCUGUGAUGAAGUUUCAGUCAGAAGCAGCAGCAAGCUAGUGUAGGUAUCUUAACAGCUGAAAUAAUGUGAAAUGGAAUUCCAGGAGAAGGGGUUUUGCUGAGAAAACAAGUAGAGUUUGAUUGGAUAGAAAACUUCAUUUUGUCCAGUGUUUGGGAUAAUGUAAAGAUGCAAAGAUUGUUUUCUGUCCUACUUCUGAGUUGGUUGAGGAUACUGUAUUCUCAUUAGGUGUUGACCAGACUUGUGUAGACAGUCCUUAAUCUGCUUACAAAAGAGAGCAAUUUGAAUAUGAUAAAUGUACCUGGGAGUGAAUCGUGAGGCUGAAUGAAAAAGGGUGGAGACUCAUUGAUUUGGGAAGUAGGGUUGGGGGCUGGCUGCUGUUAGUCCCACAGUCUGAAUGCACAGGGCUGUGUGCCAGGGGCACUGAUAGCCUGCAGUGUGUGGAGGAGCUGCCCGUACGUUUCUGUACGUGUGCAUUUGGUUCCGUAAGGAACCUCGGGGAAACCUGUGGAAAAAUAUCUGAAGAAAACCAAAAUGCCAAAUGUUGGAUGUUUCUUUCCUUUCUUCUUUCCUUUUCUUCCUUUGGUUGUUUUAAUUGUUCUGUGGUGGUUUUAAUGGAUUUGAGACAGUGGAGCAGCAGCUGCCUUUCUGAUUUUUGGCUGCUUUUUGUGAAUAAUUUAAAAAGAAAAUUUACAUUUUGGAGACAAACCUGUGGGCUUUUUUAUUGGUACAAACAUUGUAUUUAACACUAGGGGUUUUGUACAGUUUUUUGCCUUUUCUACUAGAAAACAAUGUAAAGUGAUUCACAAUGUGACGAGAAAACAAAUUGCCACUAUGACCAAAUGUAGAGUCUGUUCUGCAGUUAACAGGAUUUAAUCAACUCAAAGUCGUGGUUCAGUCGUAGAAAUGCUUUUCUUUACCUUGUUUGAACUGUUCCUUUUUUUCUUGUUUUGAUUUGCAAAACAAAAUGUCUUUUUGUGUGAAAUUGUGUUGUACUCUGUAGAGAAUUACAGAUUUUACUUUAAUGGUUUAAAAAGCAGAGGAGCGCAUGUUGCUUUUCUGAUCUGAUCACAGAGUUUGUGUAGUGGAUUUAAAAAUGAAAAGAUUUGUUACAAGUUUGGAACAAGCGAGUAUGUGUUAAAGGAAUUUUCUUCCUUUUGUGUGUGUGUUUUUUUUUCUUUUUGUCCCAAAGGGCAACUUAAAGCUGUUUUAAUUGCACAGACACACCGACAACAAGUCAUUUUGUAUAUGCCAAGUGUGGUACCUUCCUUUGUUUAUUUGCUAUUAAACUGUUUGAGAAGA